ACUCAUUGGUUCAGAGUUCGCGGCGCAGGUUAGGUAUCGGAUUCCGCCCUUCCUUUUCUCUCUCCUCCUCUCAACGCCGUCGCGCUCUUCCUCUUCCUUUCACUGUAUCGGAAUUUUGUCCAAGUUUCUGCAGCCUGAAACCAUCGGCUUUGAUUUCUUCAAUUAGUUUUCUACAGCCAGUUCAAGUAUGGUGAAGUGCAGAAGGCUUUUUUUUUCAGUAUCAGUUUUUACUGAAGGUUAAAUAAUCUUGGGACACUUGAUCUUAUGCUUCUGAUAGCACCUCAAAGCAAUUGACUUCCAUCAAACCAUGGUUCUGGCUGGUUCUUUGCAGUUGUCCCAUGAAUUGGGACUUUACAGGAACCACAGGUGCAAUAAACAGUUUAAGAGUAUCUCGGGUAGGAGCCAGUUGCAUUUGGUUAAUGGAACUAUUUCAUUCAAUUUUUUGCCUCGAAGACAAGAUAUUUGGGGGAGUCGUCUCUCAGGAAAUUUGAAUGGGCCCAUACAUGCUGUUCCUUAUAAAAGUAAUGCCUUUAAAUGUCGUUCUUUUCAAGUACCAAGUCAAGUAUUUGAACUUCCUGCUGCAAAAGCUGUUUCUACAGCAUUCACGAGGUCAUGUAAUGUUUUACAAGGCAGUCCUGUUGUUUUUAAGAUGGCUUCUGCAGUUGGUAUAAUACUUUUUGCUUUAUGGGGACUCAUGCCACUUGUGCGUCAAAGCAGAAGUCUACUGCUUCAUAAGGGUGACAAUGGUUGGAAAAAGAGUAGCACACAUUAUGUAAUAACCUCUUAUAUUCAACCUUUGCUGCUAUGGACUGGAGCAAUUCUCAUAUGCAGAGCACUGGAUCCAUUAGUUCUUCCUACUGCAGCUAGCCAGAUUGUUAAGCAACGGCUUUUGAAUUUUGUUAGUUCAUUAUCAACUGUGCUGGCCAUCACAUAUUGCUUUUCAAGCCUGAUUGAACAAACACAGAAAUUCUUCAUGGAGACAAGUGACCCCAGUGAUGCGAGAAAUAUGGGAUUCCAGUUUGUGGGGAAAGCUGUCUACACUGCAGUUUGGGUUGCUGCUGUGUCACUUUUCAUGGAGUUGUUGGGUUUCUCUACCCAGAAGUGGCUAACUGCUGGAGGUCUUGGGACAGUUUUGCUGACUCUUGCUGGUCGUGAGAUAUUUACAAAUUUUCUCUCAAGUGCAAUGAUUCACGCAACUCGACCAUUUGUUGUCAAUGAAUGGAUUCAAACAAAAAUUGAGGGCUAUGAUGUUUCUGGCACUGUUGAGCAUGUUGGUUGGUGGUCACCAACAAUAGUAAGAGGGGAAGAUCGUGAAGCAGUUCACAUUCCAAACCACAAAUUUACGAUGAAUGUUGUGAGAAAUCUCAGUCAGAAAACUCAUUGGCGCAUUAAGACCCACCUGGCCAUCAGUCACUUGGAUGUCAAUAAAAUUCAUAAUAUUGUUGCUGACAUGCGCAAGGUCCUGGCCAAGAAUCCUCAGGUUGAGCAGCAGAGGUUGCACAGAAGAGUAUUUCUGGACAACAUUAGUCAUGAGAAUCAGGCUCUCCUGAUAAUGGUUUCAUGUUUUGUGAAGACUUCACAUUUUGAAGAAUAUCUACGUGUUAAGGAAACCAUACUCUUGGAUCUUCUUAGGGUCAUCAGCCAUCACCGUGCCCGACUUGCCACCCCAAUCCGUACAGUGCAGAAAAUAUUUAGUGAUGCCGACUUAGAAGAUGCACCUUUUGCAGACUCGAUCUAUGGUCACGGUGCAGCAGCAUCUAACCGCCCUCUGCUACUGAUUGAACCCUCUUACAAGAUCAAUGGAGAAGACAAAGCAAAAGGCCGUCCAUCACGUGCAACUGGAGAACAAGAUGGUAAAACCACAUUGCGAUCUACAUCUGUUAGUCAAGCAGACCCUAAAGCAGGAGCAACAGUGAAGUCUGAGUCCAAGUCUAAGGGGAAAUCAACAUCUGAACCCAAAGGGGAUGCUAAGAUAGGAGAGCCUCCACCAGACAGCAAGGAGGAUCUUAAGGCUUCAUCAGCAUCAAUAUCUGACUCCAAGGCAGGUGAUAAAGUGAUGGUACAACCGACAUCAAAAUCUGCCCCCAAGACAAGUUCUGACAAUGUAGAAAUGACUAGUUCUGAUCUGAGAGUACUAGAUUCAGUCUCUGCUAACUCAACUCGAAACAAAAAGAUCACUGAUAGCAAGCAACCGAGGAAUGCAAGCUCUGAAAAUGUAAAGCAGAGUAGCAAGUUAGAUAAUCCUUCACUGUCCUCCCCCGAAACUGAUGUUGAGAAAGCAGUCGGAUUGCGAGAAACUUCCCAAUCAACUCAAGAAGGUGAGAGAUCACCAAUAUCACAGCCAUCAGCAUCAAGGCCUACAUUGGAAGAAAACAUUGUUCUUGGUGUUGCCUUGGAGGGCUCUAAGAGAACCCUUCCUAUUGAGGAAGAGAUGGCUUCCCCCUCAUCUCCAGAAGUAAAAGAAUUGGCUGCUGCACACCGAAAUGGAAAUGGGUCCGCUUCUGAGAAGGAUAAAAAGGAUGGUCAGAUUCAGGCAACUCCAAACUCAUCUGCUGAUCAGUGAGAUCAACUCGAGAAGUAGUCGCUGGUCUCUCAUUCUGAUAAGAACAGUUAUUUGCACUUGAUGCCGAAGGCUGGAAAAGAUAUACUGAUAUUUGGCUUUUGCUAAUGUGAAUCGGCAAACGUGCAUCCAUUAUUUUUUCUAUACAUGUAUCUCUUCUCCGUACAGUCAAGAUAGUGCCCUCAAAAUAUGAUCCAGUUUUUCGCCAUCAAAAUGGCAUCCAUUUCACAUCAAAGCAUUAGCUGCUUCCCAUUCCUACUAUUCUGGUUGUCAAAUUUAACGGUUUGUAUGCAGUUUGUCUUUUGAGAAACAAACAAACCGUUUAGCAUCAUAAAGUGAUUGUCUUCUACAAUGUUAGAAGGUUGAUAGAAAGUGUAAACCUUGAGAAAAAGUGAGAGGGAUUUAUGAAAGAAAACUAUUAUUCUCUG